GCACAUUGAAGGUGGCAAGCAGUUUGUGCAGUAGACCAAAUUACGUUUCUGCGCAUACUGACAUGAUUUCUGCUAACUUAUGUUUUGUUUACCUGUUUGAAAGAAAUCACGUGGAACAGAAAUUUGCAAUCGUUGGAUAAUUUUGUUGUGUGCAAUGUUAAAAAUUGUGAUAAAUAGAAAAUAAAUUGUAAUGUAAAAAUGCCUUCAAGUUGCUGUGUUAUGAAUUGCUCAAAUAAAGGUGAUAGUGGUGAUAAGCACUUAUUUAAAUUUCCAAAGGACGAGAAAGUGAGAGAUGUUUGGAUAAAUGCUGUUGGUCAUAACCUUAAAAACGGAACAUGUGAUAACAAAAAUCUUUUUAUUUGCAACAAGCAUUUUGAUUUAUUAUUUUCCCGGUCAGAUUUACUUUUAAAUAAAAUUACAACAUGUUAUAAUGUUUUGUAGCACUUUCA